AUCUCAAUGUCGGCAGUGAUCGGUAGUCGGUCAUAAUUUUUGAGUUAGGACUGUAAAACCCUGAAAAUAAUAUUCUUUAUCUCUUCACUUUACAAAAAAAAAUACAUUUCAUUAAAAGAUGAGAUUCUGAUUAUUUAUAUACAAUUAAUAUUUAAUCUUAGUGAAUUAUGGGACCUAGGAGAUGUAAGGUAAAAGGAUGCAAAUUCGAAGAUGCUCGAUUGAGAGAAUUCCCUGGUUCGUUGAAAGAUAAGGAACGCUGUCUAAAAUGGAUAGCAGCAUGCUGUAAUCCAGAAGUAACCCUAGAGAAAAUAAAGAAUGCCAAGAUUUGUGAUGCACAUUUUGAGAAACGUUACAAAUUGUCGACCCAUUUGAGUAGGACAGCAGUACCGACUCUGUAUUUGCCAGAGCCUCUAGAUAUCCAAUGUUCGGUCCAAGAAGAAAUAGAAGUAAUGGAGACGAUAGAAAUUGUAACUACAGAGACACACAUUGAUACUCAUGGACACAGGAGUGACAGGGAGGACACAACAGAGAUCACACAGAAAACUGCAGAAGUCAUGGAGGAAACUGCAGAGGUCACAGAGGAAACUGCAGAGGUCAUGGAGGAAACUGCAGAGGUCACAGAGGAAACUGCAGAUGUCAAAGAGGAAACUACAGAGGUCACAGAAGAAAUUGCAGAGGUCACAGAGGAAACUGCAGAGGUCACAGAGGAAACUGCAGAGGUCACAGAGAAAAUUGCAGAGGUUAUAGAGGAAACUGUGGUACCCAUUACUGCUGAAGAACUAAUGGAAAGAGAAAAAGAAUUAGCAUUGCAGCGGUUCUGCACGACAAGAAGGGAGGACCUGCCUGGUGAGAAGAAGCAGAAAUUAUCAUAUAGCGCCAUAUACGAACUACGAAGACAAAAUAGACCACCUUCGAAGUGUAAGGUAAAAGGAUGCGAAUUCGAAGAUCGGCGAAUGAGAGAAUUCCCUAGUGCUACAAAAGAUAGGGAACGCCGCCUGAAAUGGAUAGCGGCAUGCGGUGACCCAGAUUUGAUUACAAGUAUACCAAAGAGUGCAAAGAUUUGUGAUCUUCAUUUUGAAGACCGUUAUAAAUUGUCAACCCAUUUGAGUAGAACAGCAGUACCCACUCUGUAUUUGCCAAAGUCUAUAAACGUACAGUGUUUAGCACAACACAGUGUGACUACGGAGAAACAUACUGCAAAGUUGAGCUAGACAUAGCCAAGGAAGUUUCACUCCAGAUCUCAACGCAGUUUACAAAGACUGUUUCUCGUUUCGCACUCUUCGUUGACUAUCCUAGGACAACAGCAUGUACUACUCGGCGCGGCUUAAGUCGAACUCGUCAGACAAUGAGAAACGGCAUACUAUACCGGCUAUCAAGGUGUCUAGAAAAAAAGUACGGGCGUCAAUGACCAACGCAGUUUUCAACGCAUUCACGUCGCAUCAUAGCUUAAGUAACACGCUCGUCAUACGAAAAUAGUCCUACAGCUGAUGAUGAAUUCAAUCGGCUUAAUAAAAAUAUGACACACCGGUCAUCAUCGCGUACAAUGUAAACUUAUCUUACGAAGAAAAAACAUCCUUCACUGACCUAAUCUACCUGUAAACAACAAAAGAAAGGAUCGACGUCGCUAACAUUUACGAAAAAUUCCACGCUACUUGUAGAUUUGGGAGUCUUUAUAACCUCAUCAAGAAUGUCAUCUUCACUUAGAGAACAUUGUUGAAGGAUUAUAAUUUAUAAUGUUGCAUAUUUCUACAAAUGAAAGAAUGAAAUACAUUACACAUCAAUGAUGCAUUAUAGAUGUAUAUAUAAAUUUAAUAGAUAAGUUGUAUAAUAGCUUAUUGGAAGUGCAAUGUAUAAUAAUGUAUAAUUUCUCUGUAAGUCAUGUAACUUAAGCAAAUGGACCUGUGUGGACCUACACUGGUUCGAAGCCUUUAAUAAACAUUUAUUUAAAAUUAA